AUGCCGCCACCGCCGUACCAUCCCCGUCCCCUUCUCUCUUCUUCCUUCUUCCUCUCUUCCCCCUCUCCACCACUGCCAACCGCUGCCACCGCGCCCCCUCUCCGCCACCCACCCGCAGCCCCCCUUCUUCUAUCACUAACCCUAAUACCCCCCCUCCGCCGCCACCGCGACGCCGUAUCCCGCCACCGCGCUAAACGCUACCGCAGCCACCUUCUUCCCCGUUCCACCCCUCCCGCCUACCAGGAGGAGACUCAUCAGCAGGCAGCCACAGAGCAGGCUACCCCGCAUCAGGAGGUUAUGCCCCAGAUAGAGGCUGCGGAUCCAGAGAUCCCGAUACAGUCAGCCCCACCUCUACAGCAACCAGACUCCCAGCCCACCACCACUGAGACUCCAGCUGCCAUCCCUACCAUUGAUGACACCCCUUCACACCCGGCUUGA